UAUGAUGAUCCACAGGUGAUGCAGCACCUGCCUCUUUAAAAAAGCCGGAUUGUGCUAUUGAGCAGAGAAGGGGAGGUUUGGCGCUAGCUGCGUUGGAACAGUCCUCUCUAAUGAGCAGAUUUUCUGAGAGAGAGACAUCCACAGAAAAAGCACGGAGAGAGAGAGAGAGCGAUCCGGCCGUCAGAGGAGACUGGGAGCGGGGCAGCAGCAGGCUGUGCGUCAGCCGGUGCUCCAUAGGGAAACAUGGAGAUGAGCAGGAGAGGACACGGAGCAGCGCGGAUCACAUAGAUGGAUGUUGUUUCAUCAAAACAGGCAACGACCAGGCAACCUGAAGGCAACCCACGCAGAGGAUAAACCACUUAUGGACGCAGUGGAUUAAACCUGCAUACAGACUGAGAGGCAGAGAGAGAGAGAGAGGAGAAAUUCAUCAGUUUACUUCUUUAUUUUUUAUUGUCGGAGGGUGCGCACUUUGUUUCUCUCUGAGUGUGUUUGCGGGUGUGUGUGUGUGUGUGUGGCUGCAGAAGGUAGGAGACUGCAUUGCUGUUCAGCCUUCAAAGCUGAGUAUCUUUGUGUUUUCCCCCAUUUUCACUCUCUCCCUCUCUCCCUCCCGCAUGCAUUGUGCAGUAACACUCAAUAUGCAUGUGAGAAGGAAAAGACGAUGAGUCUGAAGUGAGAGCCUUUUUUAAUUUUAUUUUUAUUUUUCUGGAUUUUUGGGAAUAAGCUAAGAGGAGAAAAUAUUUUUCCUUUCCUCAAAUACUUUUUUUUAUUAUUAUUUUUGGGUUUCUUUGGAGGGCCUUGACCGGGUUUGAGCCUCCGCAGGGAAACUUCUCGGCAUCAUCAGGUAGGAGGCGGCAGAACAAGUGGGCCUGAGUGGGAGGAAGAGUUUGUGUCGUAGACUGUGUAGGCUCGAUGGGUGAAACUCCAGCUGAGAGAGGAUAAUGGCAGCUCCGGGCCAACUCUCCUCCUCUCCCACCUGCAUCGGCUGCAGAGGGCCCGGAAGGUGCUAGCCGAAGCCGAUCAGAGCCCCGCGGGAUGAUGGUGUGAUCAGGGUCCGGCUGGAAGACCCCUCUUUCAUCCUUCACCUCCUUUCAUUGAAAACAGAGGUGGGGCCUCCUUUUCCAGCCUCCUAACCCCCAAUCUCCCCAGUAGAGGUGUGCGAUACGCCAUAUUUUGGUAUCGAUCCAAUUAAAUACAGCGCCAGUAUCGCAGAUAUCGAUACAGAUACUGAUAUUUUUAUUAUGUUUGAUAUGUCAUCAAAAUUAAUGUUUUUGUGAUUUUUUUCCCCUUUAUUUUGUUAAAACCUAGGAAAUAAUUUGGGCCCCUGUAAAGGUGUGCGAUAAUAUAUUGAUAUUGAUCCAAGUAAAUACAGCAGCAGUAUCUCUGAUACCGAUACCAAUAUUUUUAUUAUUUAAGUUUGAUACUUCAUCAAACUUUGUGUUUUUUUCCUUAUUUAUUAAAACCUAGGACAGAAUUUGGACCCCAGUAAAGGAGCACAAUAACAUCAAUCAAUCAAAGUAAAUGCAGCGGCACUACCGCCAAUAUCAAUACAGAUAUUGAUAUCUUUAUUAUCUAAGUUUGAUACAUCAUCAAACUUCAUGUAUUUUUUCUCCUUUGAAUUGCUUUGAUAAAACCUAGGACAGAAUUUGGACCCCAGUAGAAGUGUGCGAUAUGGCAUAUUUUUAUAUCAGUCCAAGUAAAUACAGCGGCAGUAUCGCCAAUACAGACACCGGCAAUAACUAUAUUGCCAAUAUUUUUGUUAUUUAAGUUUGAUACAUCACCAAACUUUGUGUUUUUGUGGGGUUUAUCCCCAGGUUUUAAUUAUUUUGUUGAAACCUAGGACAGAAUCUGGGCAAAGUUUAUUAAGGGGUCCAACAAUAAAUCAGCUCUGAUUUUCUUAAUUUUUAGAGACCGGUGAUCAGACGGUACUUACGUUUGCAGGUGAUCUUAUCCACCUUGACAAUUUAAUCAAUCACUGUCCUUGUUUUGAUCUGCAGUGAAAACGGUUUGACGGACAGACCCAGAUCGGCCAAAAUUCGAAAUCUGCAGAUCUGGCUUGUAAAAGAUUGGCCAGAAAACUGCAACCGGUGCAAACCUUGUGUUUUUUUCUCUUUUAAUUAUUUUGUUAAAACCUGCGACAGAAUUUGGACGUUUAUAGGUUCCGGUGCACCAAUAAAUCGACUAGCUGAUAAAUCGCCCCAAUUUCCUUAAUUUUUGGAGAUUGAUGAUCGGCUGAUCUUUUCUACCUCGACAAAAGUCUAAAAAUCAGCCACUGUCCUCUUUUUUUCUCUUCUGUGAAAAAGGUUUGACUGGCAGCCUGGCCCACCCGGUCAUGGCUUCAUGUUUCCAGUUAACAGUAAUCUCCCCACUGCUACCAACUUAAUGACUUUUCUUAUUUUAUUUACCAGCAUUUCAAACAAAAAAAAAAACAACUGAUAUGGCCAAAAUCAGAAUCAGUAGACCAGAGAUCGGCCAGAAAACUGCAAUCGUUGCACCACUUUUGUGUUAUUUUUCCUUUGAAUUAUUCCGUUAAAAUAAAAUUUGGACAAAAUUUAUAACACAAAAUACCUUUAAUAACAUGAUAAACAGAAACUAUAGAAGAACAGGACAAAUCUGGGUGCAUUUUAGCCAAAAAAACUAAAUCUUUGAGAAACUACAGCACCGAAAGUAAAAUAACCCGAAACUAAAGAAUCGAUCUGAUCGGUCCGAUCUUAUCUAUCCGAUCUAUCUGUAUUUUUUGGAUCGAUCCGCCCACCUCUGGCACCAACCUGCCCUUCUUUUUCCUCCCUCUCUUUUCUUUUUCUUUUCUUUUUCUUUUUGUCGAGGCUUCAGGGGAAUUGCCAAGAGCUGUUUCAUGCAUGUCCACUGGCGGCAGGUUCAACUUUGACGAUGGGGGGUCAUACUGCGGAGGGUGGGAGGAGGGCAAGGCGCAUGGCUACGGGAUUUGCACGGGACCCAAGGGCCAGGGCGAGUACUGCGGCUCCUGGGCGCACGGCUUCGAGCUGCUCGGCGUCUACACCUGGCCAAGCGGGAACACCUACCAGGGCACCUGGGCUCAGGGGAAGAGGCACGGCCUGGGCGUGGAGAACAAAGGCCGCUGGGUGUACAAAGGCGAGUGGACGCACGGCUUUAAGGGACGCUACGGUGUGCGGGAGAGCACCGGGACGAGCGGGAAGUACGAGGGGACGUGGAACAACGGGCUGCAGGAUGGCUACGGGACGGAGACGUACUCGGACGGAGGAACAUUUCAGGGUCAGUGGGUCGGAGGGAUGCGUCACGGCUACGGCGUCCGGCAGAGCGUUCCAUACGGCAUGGCGGCCGUCAUCCGCUCUCCUUUACGCACCUCCAUAAACUCUCUCCGUUCUGGUUCGGAGCACAGCAAUGGAACCGCUCUGCUGGACCGAACGGGCGCCCUGGUUCCGGGAACUCUGACCACCAGCGUCUCCAUGUGCAGCACGGGCAGCAGCGGCAGCAGCCCAGCGGUGUCCCGCGGAGGCUUCGUGUUGACGGCGCACAGCGAGGCGGAGCUGCUGAAGGGGAAGAGGAAAGGAGGAUUGUUCCGGAGGUCCAUCCUGUCUGGCCUUAAGCUCAGGAAGUCCGAGUCCAGGAGCUCUCUGGCGUCGCAGAGGUCCAAACAGAGCUCGUUUCGGAGCGAGGCUGGGAUGAGCACCGUCUCCUCGGCUGCAUCGGACAUCAACUCCACCAUCAGCCUUGGAGACGCAGACGCGGAGCUGGCGGUCGCGGACGACGACGUUGAUGCUACAGCGACGGAGACGUACUGCGGGGAGUGGAAGAACGACAAGCGGACGGGAUUCGGCGUGAGUCGGCGGUCCGACGGGCUGCAGUACGAGGGCGAGUGGCUGAGCAACAAGCGGCACGGCUACGGCUGCACCACGUUCCCCGACGGCACCAAGGAGGAAGGGAAGUACAAGCAGAACAUCCUGGUGAGCGGCAAGCGGAAGAACCUGAUCCCACUCCGCGCCAGCAAAAUCCGGGAGAAGGUGGACCGAGCCGUGGAGGGGGCCCAGAAGGCGGCAGACAUCGCCCGGCAGAAGGCCGAGAUCGCUCUGUCCAGGACGGCUCACGCACAAGGCAAAGCAGAGGCGGCGGUGGGAGCCGCGCAGAAAGCCCACGAGGAGAGUCGGAUGGCGAGGGUCACCGCCAAGCAGUUCUCCCCGUCCUUCCAGCAUCCUGGAAACGGAAUGGAGGUUCAGCGACCCAAACGUCAGGUUUCCAGUGAAGUUGAGGGUGAGGGCCUGUCGAGUAGCGCCGGCACCGCGGAAAGCCCAGAUCUUUACACAAAAAGUGUUGGAUCUGAUGACCCCUCCAACGAUGCCGCAACCCCCGACCUCAGCCCACCCUCCUCUUCACCUCCCCACACGCCGCCGCCACCUGCACGACCGUCACAGCGAAGCAAAAGCGCCCGAUUCCACCGGCAAAGCGCCGUGGACCACGGAGACCGGGGGAAGGACGGCGGUGAGAAAGGAGGAGAAAGGGGACACACUGAGAUUCAAGUGCUGAUGGAGGGAGGCGGCGAGGUAGGACUGAAGGCGGAGUAUCCACGCGCCAACAGCUGGAGCGAGGACAGCAGGAGGGGGGUGCUGUCAAAAGGAGGCGGCGGGAUCAGUGGCCGUGGAGGUAGCCGGACCAACGGACACAAACACAGCUCCUCCAAUCACAAAUCGCGGGAACACAGCUCGUCCAAUCACAGGCAGGCCAGGGGCGACAGGUGGACGGAGUCGUCUUCGUCCGCCACUUGGACGUCUGGGCACAGGGGGACUUACGGCAGGGGGGGCCGGCUGCUGGAGCAGGACGAGGAGAAGAUCAGCAACUAUGAGAUGGAGAUGAAGCCUUUACAGCCCAGAGACUCCACUACCCACAAGCCCCAUGGGCACGGGAAGGAGCGGCACGGGCACGGAGAGGGGCGCUCCCACGGCGCGCCACGGCAGAGGCACAAGAACCGGGAAGGGAGGGACGGGGGCAAGGACUCGACACACAAAGGGGAGAAAAUGGAUUCGCGGCCACUACGACGAGACCUCACCCUGUCCCCACCUCUGAAGUCCUCCCCCAUCAUACCCGACCGGCAGGACCUCAGCCUCACGCCCAGCAAGGGGAACUCGGCCUACAGCUCCAUCCUGGUUGCCAUGGUGAUUCUGCUCAACAUCGGAGUGGCUAUUUUGUUUAUCCACUUUUUUAUUUAAAGGCGGCGAUGCUUUCAGAGUCAACCUAUCUAUGCCAGAAACACGACGAAAACCACAAGUAUUACAGCAAAUCUGCUGCCCCUCCGUGCGUCCCGGCCGACUGAAGACCCAGACCGAGGACUGGAGAGGGGGAACCGAGGCUGAGCCGGGUCCGGUCCGGUCCGGUCCGGUCCGGUCCGGGUGGAGGAAGAGCUGAGGCCAAAGAAUAGGACAGCAGGUUGGUCCAGGGAGGAACCUGGACUUGCGUGACCGAAAUGGGCUGACUUGAACAAGCAGACAGGACUGACGGACUUUUUCAUUGUCAAAUCAUAGUUUUCGACAGAUUUGUAACUUCAGAUUUAUUUAUUGACUUUUUUUUCUUCCCAUGUGCAAUACGUUGAUGGUUGUAUUGUUUAUUUUUGCAACCCACCCUCUUCUCUCUGAACCCCCUGCCUUUUACUUCCUCCGCCUCCCCAGCAGCUGUUACUGAUGGUACAGGCGGUGAAACCCGGGCAGCGAGUUUCCAUUUCACCUCGUUUUUCAUGCACCUGUGCAGAUCUGUGUGUGUGUGUACGUGGGCGUGUGUGUGUGUUCUCCAGUUGCAUCCAGAGGUGGGCAGAAUAGUACUACUUAUUUAUACAUAUUUUUACUUGAGUAAAAGUAAAAAGUAUUCAUUCAAGAAAUUACUCGAAAGGAAAAGUCUACACAAGUACUGAGCAACUGAUCAAAUUAUCAAUCAUUUAAUGUUUAAAAAUACAUAAUCUGAUGGACCAAAAUAUAAAGUUAAGUGGUAAUUUUGGUAUUUUAAGGACAAAAAAUGGCAAUAAUUCAUAUAAGUGACAAAAACUAAAAUCAGGCAAAAUAUAUUUUUUUCCAAAUCAGUUUGUGUGUCUGUGUCUGGUGAAUUUUUGGCUAAAAUAUGUUUCGUUUUUAUUCAGUGGGUAGAAAAUCCAGACAUUUUACACAAGUAAGAGCAGCGAUAUUUCAUAAUAAAAUUACUCAAGUAAAAGUAAAAAGUACAGCAUAGUAAAAAUAUUUCUAAAGGUAAUUUUUUUCAAAAAAGUUAUUCAAGUAAAUAUAAUUGAGUAAAUGUAACUAGUUACUACCGAACUCUUUACAUCUGAAUGUUAUAAAUAUUAUCAAGCAAUUAUCAAUAUUACAAGGUAACAGCAUAAUACUUUCUGCUCUAAUACAAACACGUCAGUGUUGCCAAGUGUCCCGUAAUUUAAGCCAAAUUGAAGUGUUAUACUGGACGCUCUGAUUUUGACUACAGCCUCCAAUUCGUAUUUCCAAACACUAGAUGGCGCUCCUCUCCUUACUUACCUAGACCUAGACAAAAAUUUAAUGUCAAAGUAGAAAGCGCUGCGCAAAUGUGCUUUGACUGCAGAAGAUUCUUGUGGUCAGAAGUGACAGCUAAUUUGGAAAAAGAUAUUUUAUACAUCUACAAAGAACAGGAGACUCUGCAACUAUUCAACAGUUCGGGUUGGUAUUGCAUUAGUUUUUAAUUGUAUCUACACUUUGCUGGAAGAGGCAGUCUUUAAAAAUCCUUCUGCUUACUGAGGGCAUAAUCAGAUGAAAACGUAAGGAAAUUAAUAAUUAUUAUUAUUUAUUAAGAAAUAUUGUGCGAUGACAUCACAAUCGACACAUUAGGUCAUUAAGCCUCACACCUGAUGUAGCUGUCCCGCCUUUUGGAGGUGCUGAGUUGGCAAGUGUAGUACAUCUCAGGUCUUCUUUGAGUUGAAUAUUUGAAAUUUAAAAUCCUUAGCAACGUUUGGAUGAGCAAUGCUAAAAGUAUUAGCAUUUCCUCCAUCAUCCAGGGGAGUUAGCUAAAGAGCUAGCUAACACUUGAGUUGGAAAUAACCCAGUCUUUGAUUAUUUUGUCGCUAAAUUCACAAAUCGUUUCCAACUUUUUUUUUUUUUUUUUACCAGAAGAGCAUCCUAAAAUUACAAGAAAGUCAUUUAAAAAGCUUGGAUAUAUUUAUUAAAGCCUGACAAGUCCAGCUCAGCAAGUCUGUGAUUCUUUCCUCGAAAUUGACUCAGUCGUUUGCUCAAUUGUUUCAAAGAACUGCUAUUGAUAAUUUGGUGAUGAAGUGUUAAAAGACAAAGUAUUUCCUUAUCUAUAAAACCAACACCAGAGUAGAACUUGAGAUGCUCAACAUCCCUCAUUUUAAGUUUCUGUUAGUUUUUGUGUAGGAGUCAACAUAAAAUCCCAACAUUAUCCUGGUAUUAUGUUAACUUAAUUUUCUUUCAACUUUAUUUUUGUGUUGCUAAAACUUUAUUCUGUUAAUAUUAUGACUUUAUUCUUGUAGUGCCAAUUCCUAUGACACUAAUAUUCAAUCAUUUGACCUGAAUUCAAAGUGUAAAUAAGUAAACCGUAAAACAGGCUUUUCAAACAAGAUGGCCGCCCUGGCACCACCCUCAACUAUGUAAACACAGAGUGGUGAAAAAAAUCCAUGUUUUCAAAAAAUUAAGUGUUAAAAAAAGUACUUAGUAACAACAAACAAAGUUGAGUCCCAGGUUAGUGAUAGUAGGUUAGGUUAGUGAUAGUAUGACUAUUUGAUUUGUUUGGACUGGGACACCCAUGGUGUAAUGAAGUACUGUUGGAUUCUCCUGCAGCUGUCUGACAUUUUACCCAUCAGAGAUCUCCAUCUGCACCAAAUUACUUGUUUUCACUGCUUGUAAAACCUUUAAGUGGAUCCAAUGCAACAUUUCUGUUCCUCACUGCAACAAUAUUGACAGCAUCUGUUUUUAUUUACCUGCAUACGUUUCCAUUCUCCUUGCACACCGUGUUUGAUACCAUCAGUAAUGGCGUCCAGGGGGGCCGAGAGGACUUUGAAGGUUUCUUUUCUCUUCUUUUUAAAAUUUUUUUUUAAUUGUCCGACAGCAUUUCUUAAACUUGGGAUUGGAGCAGAAACUAAAGGCUGUGGGUUCACUUCUGGUGUUUCUCCAACUUAUUCCAACUACAGCUGAGUCGGAUGUGCCUGCAGCCUGAGAGGCAGAACAAUAGAUUUUUAUUUUAUUAUGGGUCCCAGGAAGAAUUUCAGAGGCUCUGCUGUAUGCCGUCAGCCUGGUGACGAUGCCCUGCGCCACCGUUUUAGUCUGCAGCAUGCCACAGCAUGCCAAGCUCUUUCUAUAUAGGUUUGAAUCUCCUCUUUCUUUCUUUCCUUUCUUCUUUCUUUCUUUCUGGGAAAUACUCUGUUUUUGUUUUUCAGUUGUGUGGAGAAAAUAAUGAAAGUGUUUCAAAGAAAACA